AUGUGGACUUCUCAAGGAUGGGAACUCACCCUUAGAAGACUGUUUUAUGAUUGGGAGAUAGCAAGAUUAACUGACCUCUACAACAAGUUGGAAGCAUUCAAAGGAAUACAAGAAGGGGUGGACUCACUUGGGUGGCAGAGGCACAAUAGAGGGGUCUAUCAGGUGAAGGCAGCAUAUAAGAUUUUGAAUCAAAGAUUACAGAAGUUCUUUUUAGUUGGGAAGAAGCUGGAGCUGAAGCAACUAACAGAGAUAGAUGGAGGACUGUUCCAGCAUGCAUCUGGUGGACAGUUUGGAAAGAAAGGAAUGCUAGAUGUUUUGAAGACAGAAGCAACUCAGUGCAGAAGAUCAAACUCAAUUGCUCCAUUUGACUCCUCGAAUGCCCUUCGUCUUCACGGUCUGGGAAGAUUCCCGCUUCCUUUUGUCUCCAUGGUCGCCAUUCGUGGAGGGGCGGUCUCUUCACUGGUGGCUUCUGCUCGACUCCAUGAAGGCAUUUCAUCUCCCCAAACCUGGGACGAAGGCCUUUCAUCUCUACGAAGCUGGGACAAGGGCCUUUCAUCUCCACGAAUCUGGGCAGCUUCCAGAAGCUGUUCAAGACCUAUUCCGUGGGGUAAGGUAGGGGAGAAGGAAGAGGAGCAACGAAGUGGUUGGUUAGACAGAGAAGUGAGGCGGAGAGGCAAUGGUUUAUUUGCUGCAAAAGUAUUCCAUGUUUACAAGUGUGUCCUUUCAAUUGUUAUCUCAGGAGGUAGAAAUGCCAAUCUUUUUCUUGCCAAUCAUUUUGCUAAUAAUGUACUUUCCGACAUUGUUAUUUGGUACAGUUUCCGCAGCAUAACUGCUUUGAAGAUUUAUAUUCAGAGUGGUUUAGAUUCAUUGGAAAGUUCAAGGGAAUCUUUACUUGUUAAGCUUUUUGAAAUUGACAAGACAAUGGGCAAUCCUAGGAAGGAGGAUAUUGCUCGUGUUAGAUACUGUCCGGAAUGCUAUGCUGAUGCCGAUGGGGUAUUAUGUGUUCACUGCGAAUUAAAUGACUUGUUCCAGGUUUAUGAGGCCAGACUUUUUCGUCUUAACAAGGGGAAGCGUGGAGAGGUGAUUACGUCUGCUGAGGAGGCUGUAGAUCUGCAGAAGAAGAAGUCUGCACUGAAUCGUUUCUAUACUACUCUAGCCCGAACAGACAAAAAUUCAGGUUCAGCUACCGCCGAAUAUGAAGAUUUUGGAAAGAAGAGGGACUUAGAGGACAUUAUGGUGUCGAAAGCUCCAUCUGAUUUGGAAGUAGUGUUGGGCCUUAUUAAAAGCAACUCCAGGGGCCUAUUAGAUGCUGAAGGUGUAUUGGCAGCCAAAAAACAGCUGCAGCUUCUUGAGGGGAUGCGAAAGGAGUAUGCUCAAGCAAGGCUCCUGUCGACAGCUCAAGCACAUGUUCUACGUGCUCAUGAUGAGAUUAUGAUGGCAACUUCUCGACUACGCCUAAAAGAGGAUGAGAAUGACAAAUCUAUUGAUGCCUUAGAUCAAGGAGAAUUAGAUGCAGCCAGUGCUGAAUGGUCCAGCGAAAAGUUUUUCUUUUUAUCUUCUUUGUCAAGAACAAAGGGACAACUUCGCUACUUAAAGGGUUUGGUUCAAUCUAAACAAAAUAAUCAUUGUGCAAGUAGUGAAAAUUCAACUAUAGCUCAAGCCACAAUGGACUCAGCGGCUCAUGCAGAAGAAAAAACGGAACACCAAGCUAGAACAGAGGAACGUACAUGCCCUGUUUGUCAAGAGAAGCUCAAUAACCAAAAGAUGGUUUUCCAAUGUGGGCAUGUCAUUUGCUGUAAAUGUAAGUUUCUAAUCACCUGGUAUCCCUCUUUCCAGCUUCAAGUCACUGUAAUUGUAAAUGUACUAUUUUAUAUUACUUAUUUGUACUUAUUGUAG